CCGAUUAUUAAACAAAAAAAAAAACUCAAAUGUUUCUCAUUCCGAAUAAUCAUCACGCAAUAAGGGUCAGAUAUCUUUUUUUUUUCAUGAAAAACUGCGUGGAAAAAAUCACACCACGGGUGUAGACCCUUUUGAUUGCAUACCAGUCUUUAUUAACAUGAGAUAAUCAUUCUGGAAUGAAUCUCCAGUAAAAAAAAAAAAAAAAAAAAAUAGAUGUCCGUGCUUAUUAUCCAAUCAAGUGGUAUCACUCUUUCACACGCUGGAUGAUAUACAGCGAUCCUCUAUCAAGAAACUCAUACUGACAUUACACGUGAAGCCUAUUCCAUCCGGCUUUCAUAAAUAAGAUAUGUCGGCUUUUUAAAAUUGAUCUGUCUACCAUUUGUCUUGUGAGCAGUCACAAGAUAAGGGCGCUCCCCACCCACCAGUGGGAAACAACAAGAAUUACGCAUUAAUAUUCAUGCUUCCUCCCCCUUAUGACUGGAACAAUACUUAAAUUCACACCGUUUAAUUCUGCAGUAGAUGCUUCCUUUUGGCAAGCUCUUGUAAGCAAGAAAUUAGACGUAUUGAAACUAUCUGAAGAACAACAAUCUGUUCAUGGCGAGUAUACAUUGGGUCAAUCUGUCCUCAAUGACCAACAGGAAACUGUGGUUUUGCCCUCUCGGUUUUCUAUCCCAGCUAACGGACUUGAAGUAAAAGGGGAAGGCACACUGGUCCUUACUAAUACCAUUGAAGAGUUCCGCACAAUUGAUAAGAACGCACUGUUUCAACAAGUAACAGAAAAGAUAAAAAAAGGAGUAGAUAGUGGUGAAGCGGUUACAAAUCCACAUGUUUUAUCUUCAUUUCUGUUAGUUACAUUUGCAGAUUUGAAGAAAUACAAGUUUUAUUAUUGGUUUGCAUUUCCUGCAAUCAUGCCGCAACCUGAUCCAUGGACAAGUCAGCCUAUCAGCAACUGCCCUAUACUGGAGCAUGUUGAAUGGCCUUUUUUUUUGCUGAAGGAAACGGCAGGUGAAAUGAUUGUAACACAACUGUGUGAUUUUAAUGAAUUUUUCAAAGAUAUCGACCAAGAUAAUCGCAUUGUUGGUUUUGUCGACCCUUCAUCUACAGAUACUCCUGGCUGGCCCUUGCGCAAUUUAUUGUAUCUAUUAAAUACUGCAUUUCAUGUGACAAAAAUUAAAAUUUUGAGUUAUCGUAAACAAAACUCAUUGCUAUUUCAAGUAUCUUUACCCGCAGGUUCUUCCUAUCAAGAGGUUAAAUCUGUGGGGUGGGAAAGAAACGUGCAAGGCAAACUUGGGCCUAGAAUGGUAGACCUGGGACCGCUCAUGGAUCCAACUAGACUUGCCGACACUUCUGUCGACCUCAAUUUAAAGUUGAUGAGGUGGCGCUUAAUGCCUGACCUUGAUUUGGAAAAGAUUAAGCAAACCAAAUGUCUACUACUUGGUGCGGGUACCCUGGGCUGUUAUGUGGCUAGGUGUUUAAUUGGUUGGGGUGUACGACAUAUUUCCUUUGUUGAUAACGGUAAAGUUUCCUUUUCUAACCCUGUAAGACAACCAUUGUAUCAAUUUGAGGAUUGUUUGCACGGUGGCUCUCCCAAAGCUGAAACUGCCGCUCAAAACCUCAAAUUAGUUCAACCCACCAUUACCUCUGUGGGCUACAAUCUGUCGAUUCCCAUGCCUGGCCAUCCGUCAACGUCAGACGAAAAGCUAGCAAAAGACAUUGAAAGUUUAUCAUCACUAAUCGAAUCGCACGACGUCAUUUUCCUUCUCACAGACAGUCGAGAAAGUCGAUGGUUUCCAACAUUAUUAAGCGCCAAAUACAACAAGAUGGUGAUUAAUAGCGCGCUUGGAUUUGACACGUAUCUCGUGAUGCGACAUGGAACAAGCGUAAACGGACUAGGGUGUUACUUUUGUAAUGAUAUAGUUGCUCCCAAUGAUUCUCUUACUGAUCGUACGCUGGAUCAACAAUGUACCGUGACUAGGCCCGGAUUGGCUGCAAUCGCUGCGGCAUUAUCUGUUGAAUUAAUGGUAUCACUACUUCAACAUGCUGAAGGGAUCAAUGCAAAGGCCGAUACGACAAAUAACUCUACCAUUCUGGGAUUAUUGCCUCACCAAAUACGCGGCUUUUUGGGUCAAUUUAGCAAUAUGUUAAUCGCAGGACAGUCUUAUGAUAGAUGCACAGCUUGUUCAGACAAGAUUCGGAUUGCUUAUGAUAAGGACAAUCUGAGUUUUAUGACACAAGCCUUGAAAGACCCUCUUUAUUUAGAGGAACUAACUGGGUUAGCAGCCAUGAAGGCAGAGAGUGAAGCGUUGUUACUUCAAACUGACUGGGCAGAGGAUGAGGAGGAUGAGGAUGAUGAAGGGCUUUUAAUUUAAGGGUGGGAAUUUUCCCUUGGAGGGGAGGUCUGAUCCUAUAUAUUACAAAUAAACAUACAAAUCCCCACACAUAUGUUUUUGUGUUACCUU